AUGAGUGAGAGAUAUAAUCUUGCUGAUUUUGUCAAAUUUAAAAAAGGAAAUGGUUUUGGGUUUGGCAAAAUAGAGAAUUUUAGUAGAGAAGAAGAUUGGUUCCAAUAUUUUGAAUACAUUUUAAGCCAAGAUUUACCAACAGGUUAGUUUAUUUAUUGUAUAAAUAUUACUCUAUAGCUAUUUUCAAAUUAUCAUUAUAUCUAUAUUUUAAUGUUUUAUAAAUUUUUUAGGUAAACAACAACAUCAUGGAUAGUAUGAAGUUUUUAAGACAGAUUAAUUUUUUAAAGGAAGAAUGUCUGAAAUUAUAGAGAAAGUUAAAUUAAUGAAGUUAUCUGAAUAUAUUUAAAUGAAUGAAAGAAAAGGUUAUGUGAUAAGAUAAUAGUAUAUAUCAAGAGAAUUAAUGCCUCCCUUAAAAUAUUGUUUUUGUAAUUAAUAUGUGAAUCCUGAUUAAGUUCUUGUGGUCUGUAAUUUAUGUGAAAAGGCCUUUCAUGCAGAAUGCCUGAAUAAGAAAUUAAAUUAAGGAUUAGUUAAUUGUGACUCAUGUAGAGAAUAAUUUACAAAUAAAUCCAUUCCAGAUAGCAUAAGGGAAAGUCUAAAGAUUAAAAAGAGUGAUGUAAUUGUACAAAAUUAAUCAAAUAAAAUAAAUGAAUAAUAAAAUGCUGUUUUAAUUGAAGAGGAAGGAGAAGAAGAAAUAGAAAGAAAUGAAAGAAGGAUAGAUUUAGAUAAAAUAUUAAAGAAAAUCAAAAUUAAAGAGGGAUAAUAAGCAAAUUAAGUCAAAAUUAUUAAAGAACAAAUUUAAAAAGAUACUACAAUAGCAAAAGUUAAUACAAAUUAAUAAUUAAAAUAAACUUCUUAACCUUUUAAAAAUAUAUCAACUGCCAGUAUUGAGAAAAUUAAAUUAUGGGUUGAAAAAUAUAAACAAAUGGAAUCAAAUGUGUCUAGUUUUGAAAAAAAAAGAUAAGAAGUAAGAGAAAAGUUUUUUACAGUGAUUUUUUAUGGAAUUGAAGAAUUAAGAGAUUUGUUUCAAUAAGAUCAAAAUUCUGUUAGUUAAUAAGAAAAAUGGAUUCUUUCUAUGACAGAUGUUGCUUUAUUUUAGUAUAUAAAGAAUUUGGCUCUAGAUAUUGAAGUUUUUACUCACAUUAAAUAUAAUGUUUAAUUUAAAGGGAAACUUGAACCUAAUUAUAUUGAUAGAUGCAAAUUAAUAUAUUUACAUAUGAAAGAUGAUAAUAAUCUUGAAUUAAGGAGAAAGGUAAUUUCAAAAGAAUUUUAAGCUUAAGACCUUUGUAUCAGAGAUGAAAGAGAUUUAUAUAAUCCUGAUAAAAGGAAAGAAACUCAAGAAAUAGCAAUGAGAGUUAUUGAAAUGAAUUAAAAAGAAAAAGAAGAUGAAGCUACUAUUACAAAAGAAAUGGAAGAAGUCUCUUUAAUAAAACAGGUAUAAUAAUAAUUUGAAAUUUUUAGUAAUCUAUUAUAGAUGAAUUUUAAUCUUUAGAAGUAAGAAAGGAUGGAUAUUCUUCUUAAUGGUAGCUUAAGGAAAAGUUAAUAGAAUAUUCAGUGGAGAAUUCUUUGUCAAGAUUCAAGACAAGGAUUGCAGAAGAAUUAAGUGAAAGAGAGAAAAUAUUAAUUUUAAAUAGUUUAGAUUAAUUUUAUAAAAAUUAAUGA